UUGAGAAAUAGCCGUUCUAUUAACUUUAUUAAGUUUUACGUUACAGCAUCAUUUCAGAAAAUCUUUAAAUUAAAACUAACGGAUUUACGAAAAUCAACAAAUAUGGAAGCUGAUUUGAGGCUAAUGGAGAAACUAAAAGAACAAAUAGAGAAAGGAAGAAACAACUUCAAGAAAAGUCCUAAAGAAAGAGUAACGAAAUCAUUCGUUGUUGCAAGAUUAGAAGGAUUAGAAAAGAUUGCUGAUCGUUUUCGUAUGAAGCAUGAAGACAUCAUUUGUAAAUACGAAAAGAAAGAUUUCAUCAUCAUCAUCAUUACAGCCCUUCACAACACUCAACAACCUAAGUCUUUGCAUGUAUCUUCAGAUAUUAUUUGUCUUCACUGCAAUGAACAUCAUAAGCUAUUCUACUGUGGUAAGUUUGCAAAGGAAGAUCUUAAUGUUCGCCAGAAUAUAGUAAAUUCAUUAGGACUUUGCUAUAAUUGCCUUGGCAGUAAUCACACAAGAAAAAUGUGCCGUGUACUAACAACAUGUGGUAUAUGUAAAAGGAAGCAUCAUACGCUUCUUCAUGGCAAAGCUAGUUCAUAUACCGUCGCAGUCGCUAGGGAAGCAACUGAAACUGAUGAAGUAGAUGAAAUUCACCCGGAAUCGUCUUUUGAGACGAAUGAGACCACCAACAAUAUUGUUAACAAUUUUGUGACAGACCAAACACAUAACCAAUCCUUAUUAGCCACAGCCUUAAUAAAGGUUCAAUAUAAAGAUGGUAAUAAUCAGAUAUUGAGAGCCUUGCUUGACCAACGAUCGCAAGCAUCUUUCAUAUCUGAAGCUGCUGUGCAACUUUUACGCCUCGAUAAAAUUAAUGCAAGAAGUUCUAUAUCAGGUUUGGGUGGAGGUCGACGCGGCUUGGUUUCAAAGUAUGUGGUUAGAGUAAACAUGCUAUCGCUUAGCGAACCUUCAUUUAAAAUGCAAGUAGAUGCUCACGUUUUAAAUAAGGUGACUUCGGUCUUGCCGGAAAGGAAAUUUUCCCUACUGUAUUGGGAAGAUUUAAGGCGGAUCACUCUGGCAGAUCCACAAUACAAUUCACCUCAUAGGAUAGACAUCUUAUUAGUCACUGAGGUUUAUUGCAAGAUCCUGAAAAAGGGGUUAAUAAAACACCCCUCUGGUUGUACUAUUGCGCAGGAUAUUCACCUCGGAUGGGUAUUGUCAGGACAAGUGAGCAGUAAUAAUACAGAAAUUGGAUGUCACAACAAAAUUUUGAAUAUGCAUGCAAAUGUAGAUGAAGAUAACGAACUACUUAAACGAAUUUGGAUGCUAGAAUCAGAGCCUAAUUUAGAACACAGAAAAAUAUUGAAUCCUGAAGAGCAACAAUGUGAGGAACAUUUUGCUGCUACAACAAUUAGAGACCAGUAUGGUCGCUACAUUGUAGAGUUACCUUCCCGUCCCAAUUUUGGUAUUAAAGACAGAUAUGGAGAUACAAGGAAAAUUUCCGUUAAAAGAUUGUUAAGUUUAGAGAAAAGAUUAUCGAAAUGCCCAGAACAAGAAAAGGAUUAUGCAGAAGCACUGAAGGAAUACGUGAUGUUUGGUCAUAUGGAGGAAGUAGGAAUGGAUUUGUUGACUGUAGUCAAAAGAAAAAAUAAUGAUGAUUAA